GGUGUAUGGUUGUAGUUAGCCACAAUCGUCAAAUUGAAAAAAGCUUUUGAGUGACACCGAAAUCAUGAAAAUGCGUGCAUGUUAUGAUUGAUCAAUAACAAAAGCUAAAGAUAUACACACCUCUACAGGACAGACAUUCAGUCAGACGAUGGCCCUGUUCCGAUCAUUUGUAGACGGUCUUAGCACUGUCAGUAACAUGGUCGGCGCAAAUAUCAGCCCAAACAAGGUCACGCUUGUCAAGCCUGAAAAUUACGACAGUAAAACAGCAAUCAAAAGCAGACAGUAUCUAACCUUGUACAAGAAACUUGGUUGUUUUGAAUGUGUCUUUUGCAAUGUAGCUGCAUCACCAAAAUAUUUCAGCUUGUUUAGAUUGACUAAAGAAGUGGAGGCUAAUAUACAGUAUGAAGCAUAUGAUGCCAUUUUAUCAGGACUGGUAAAAAACACGAGUUCUCUGUGUGAUGAAGCAAAGAUUCAGUCUGCCUGUGAUGUCAUAAGAGAGCAUCCAAAGUGGAACUGCGCUCAUGUGGCAGGAUUUGUUGGGCUGUUUGAGACAUUCCGGGAUCCAGAUGUCAGGAGUGUCAUCAAUAGUCCUGAUAGCGUGUCAGGUGUAAGUCCGUUGAUGUCUGCCGUGAUUGGGCACCAGAAGCACUGCGUGCAUGAGAUGUUGGUUCAAGGCGCCCAGGUGGACAUGGCUGACUUCAGGGGACUAACGGUGUAUCACUAUGCAGUCAAGCACCUGCCCGAAGUGCUAGAUUUUCUUUUUGACAAAGACAUGCACAAGACAUAUGACUGGAUGGACGCCAAGGGGGAGACAGCCCUCUACCAGGCGUGUCUCAACCCUCCAGAGAGGCCCAAGGGGGAAGGGCUGGAGAAAGCCGUUACUGUGGAGAUGUUGCUAGGGGGUGGGGCUGACCCUGCCAUCUCCAAGGACAACAAGUUGCCCAUACAUGUGGCUGUGGAGCUAGGAGAGUUAGAGUGUAUCAGGCUGAUAAUUCAGAAGCAUCCAGAUCAGAAGGAGGCCAAAGAUAACAUGUACAGGGGCACACCACUGCACUGGGCGAAAACCAGAGAUGUGACAGAGUUGCUAUGCCAACUGGGUUGCAACGUCAACGCUUUGAGCGGCACAAACCACACACCCCUGCAGGUCAUGCUGACCCACAACAGAAAAGAGCCCCUCAUGGAGCUGCUCUGCUAUGGGGCUGACUGCAAUAUAGGGGACAGCAAUGGGGACACCCCUCUACAUGUGGCAGUACAGUGGACCUCUACAACACCAAAACCUAAAGAUUCAACUGACGACAUAGAUCUAGUUCGGAUUUUUGUUGUGUUUGGGGCCAACGUGAACUUGAUGAAUUCUACCAAUCAAACACCACGACACCUAGCAGCCAUUUCAAAAGGGAGAAACAAAGACAUAAUCCUGCACAUGUUACACAUGUCAGGGGCCAAGCGAUGCAAGGAUACUUGUAAGGGCUGCAUGGUUGGCUGCUCACCUGAGGGAACCUUCAAUGGGAAACCAGACGAGAAAUCAAAAAACCUUUUCAAGCUUGACAAAACAGCUUUAUUUGAUGACAUGCUAUGCACUGCGGUCAGUUGUACAGCCAAGAUGAAGAAUUCCAAGGGGGAUGCCGUUCUGGACUUUGUGGAUGGACCUUUGGAUGUAGGGGACAGGGUGCUGAGCCUUGAUGGUGGAGGUAUUCGUGGCCUGGUUCUCAUCCAGAUGUUGGCAGCGAUAGAGGAGGCUGCAGGGUUACCUGCCCAUGACCUGUUUGAUUGGGUGGCUGGGACCAGCACAGGGGGACUCCUUGCUCUGGCCAUUGGCGUCGGUAAACCCACGUCCUACAUACGGGGAAUGUAUUUCCGCCUUAAGGACCAGGUAUUCAAGGGGUCAAGGCCGUAUGACUCAAUUCCGUUUGAGAACUUACUGAAGGAAGAGUUUGGAGAGACCAGUGUAAUGACGGACAUUACGCAUCUAAAGGUAGUGGUGACUGGUGUGCUGGCAGACCGCUUUCCUGCAGAGCUGCACCUGUUCCGGUCCUACCAGCCCACCCUGGACAAGCCCAACGAGGGGGUACAGGGGCAGAAUGAGCAGUUUGAGCCCGUAAAACCACCCCAUGAGCAACUGAUCUGGAAGUGCGCCCGAUGUUCUGGGGCAGCCCCCACAUAUUUCCGGGCCUUUGGGCAGUUCAUGGAUGGUGGCAUGAUAUCUAACAACCCUACCCUGGACCUUCUUACAGAGAUACAUGAGUAUAACACUGGCCUCAAAUUCCGCAAAUGGUGUGCAAAGCAAAAACAGAGGGAAGAAUGUAAAAGUCCUGACAAGAAUGAAGCUGAUUCUGUAAGACCCCUGGGUGUAGUUGUCUCCCUUGGCACAGGUCGUGUACCAUUAAUAAAGCACAACCACAUUGAUGUGUUCAAACCUAGUGGCAUUCUUGAAGUUCACAAAGUGUACAAAGGAACCACUGCACUGCUGUCUCUUCUAAUUGACCAGGCGACAGUUUCUGAGGGUCGACCCGUGGAUAGAGCUCGAGCCUGGUGCAGUAUGCUCAACGUCCCGUUCUUCCGGUUCAGUCCCCAGCUCACUGAGGAUAUUGGACUGGACUGCGUGGACAAUCAGGCAAUCAUCAACAUGAUGUGGGACACGCAGUGCUACAUUGUUGCCAACAAGCAUCGUAUUGACCAGGUGGCUCAGCUGUUAAAAGGGGCUCAAGGUAAAAUAAGGGUUGAAGGGUCAAGCCAGCAGAGCGGGACGUCUGAGUUCCAGGAUAUGACCCUGCAUGCAGCAAAGUCUUAAAGAUGAAGACAGUAAAAGGAAUGCAAAAUGUAAUUUAAGGAAGUUUAUUUGAGGAUUGUAGUGAAGUCAGUGUUGUUAUCUAUUGUGCUGCCAAAUAGUCAGUGUUCUUAUCUAUUGUGCUGCCAAAUAUUAUUUUGUUUUAAUAAGAAUUGUAUGUGAUGAAACUGUGCCAAUUUAUAUGUGUUUUGAUAUUUGAAAUAGGGAACAUUUACAUUUGCCUGAUUUUUUUGAGUUUGUAAGGAAAUGCCUAUUUAUAUCAUUUAGGAACCAUUUUAUAAUAGUUGCAGAUGAUACACAAAAUUGGCCGUAACAUGUAAACUUAUGCACAUAAUUGUUCAAACAGAUGUUUAUGUUUUUUUUCUAUUGGCAAAUAGAAUUACUAAGGUAGAUUGUGUGUUUGCAUUAGUGUUUUAUAUUUCUAAGUUGAUGAUAAAUUGUUAAUAAAACCAGUUUCAGUGACCACUGUGGAAUAUACAAUUUGCAUGUUAAAACACAAUAUUAUGUUCAAAAAAAUGUUUAAACUAUGAAUGCAUGUAUUCAAAUAGAACAGUUUCUGCAGGAUUGAAUUCGCAAACAAUUGUAUUUAUGAAUUUAAAUGAUUGAGCUUGUGAUGAAAUUGUUAGAUUGUGUGUCAUUCUGAGCACACAAAAUGAUCAUAAUUAAAGGAGCACAUAAUAAAUGAGUAAGCACAAAAAUUGUAAGGCCACUUUAACCCUUUGCAUGCUGGGAAAUUUGUCGUCUGCUAAAAUGUCUUCUGCUGAAUUUCCAAAAUUAGCAUUUUCUUCGAUUUUUUUCAAAGAACACUAUCAGAAUAGCAAACAGUUUGGAUCCUGAUGAGACGCCACAUUCUGUGGCGUCUCAUCUGGAUCCAAACUGUUUGCAAAGGCCUUCAAAAUCCGGUUCCCGCACUGAAAGGGUUAAUUGGUGAGUCACAAAAACUGGUAACUUGCCAAUAAGAAGCAAACGCCUGCAACCAUAAUAUGGUAGAUAUAAAAUGUAUUGAACAAUUUUUAAUAAUAGUUAUUGAUAGUUUUAGAUGAGAAAUAAAUCCAGAAUAUAAAUGCUAUCAAAUUGUUGUUUUAUGCUCUUUUUUCAGUUUCUAAAAUUACUGAUUUCUUAUUCAAUUUGUAUUUGCACUAAAGGGUUCUUAAUCCUGUUUUAUAUUUAUAUAUUAUUUGUAUUUAACCUAGCAGUUUUUUUUUUACUUUUGUAAAUUGCAAACUUUCUAUAUAAAAUAAUUGUUAUAUGCAUUUGGGAAGUAUUUGCUUUAAAUGUUGCUAAAUACAUGCUUAUACACAAUUAUAUUGAAUGAUAUUUUCGCAUUUACAAAUAAUGUAUUAUGCAUGUUUUUAUGGUUUCGUAUGUUGGUUAUUCAGUGUUCAAGUGAAGAAGAGAACUAAAAACCUUCAUUCUGAAACAUGGACACAUAUAUUAUUUAUGUGUUUUAAACUGUUGUAUAUGUGUCCUAAUUAAUUCUGUGAUAUUUUUUGUAUGUAUUUUGGUCUCUUGUAUGGAUUUAUACACACUCUCAUUGUAAUAUGACAUUCCAGUUAUGGAAUUUUAUUUUGUAAUGAAUUGAUUAAGCGGCCUAAACAAUAAACUUUGCCAUGGGACUUAAUGGCAAGAAGUUAAGCAACUAAGAAGGCUCUGGAUGGUUUGUUUUUGAUGUUAAACGACACUGUUAAACAUAUUUAUUUUGAAUAUUACUAGUACUGUUUUCAUGUAAGUUAAUAUAUAUUGACAUUCUGUGAGUGAGAUUAGUUAUUUAUGUGUCUUCUUGUCUGUGUGUGGUCUCUGUGUAUAUAUUAUAUAGUUAAUUAUUGUUGGAGUAAGUUAAGCUGUGAUAAUGUUGUAUGUUUGUUUUGUUUAUUUCAUGGUGUUAAUUGCUGAUUUAACUUCAGCUCAUAGUUGCUUAUCAAUUAAAAUACCUAGUUUAACUGAUCAAUUAAAAAGUUAAGAUUGUAUUAUCUUGAUUAAUCAUGCAUAAAAUCAAUAAAUGUAUAAAAAUA